AUGUGCAUGUGGCGGCCCAACAUGCUCUCCCGCCCUUCUCGGCUCUCCACCCUGGCGUGCCGCCCUUUUCGUGAAGCGCGCCGCUCCUGCUGGGUCCGCCGCAGCGAGACCACCUCGUACCUUCGCGACCCACGGCGGGACCGCGAGCUCUACCUGAUUGGCACGGCACACGUCUCGCAGCGUUCCGCCGAGGAGGUCCGCGAGCUCAUCCAUCUCGUUCGUCCUGACCACGUCGCCGUCGAGCUGUGUCCGGCGCGUGCGGCGCGACUGCGGCAGGGCGACCGCGAGGCGGACUUCCUGCGAUCUCUCACCGCCGCCGCCGGUGGCCAUGGUGGGAUCGGCGCAUUUUUCGCUGCGCUCAACGGCCUCUGGAAGGCGCUCGGUCUGGUGCCGGGCGUCGACUUCAAGGCGGCGCUGGACGCCGCCGACGCGGUGCAGGCGCCGGCGCACUGCAUCGACCGCGACGUGAACGAGACGCUGCGGCUGCUGCGCGGCGCGCUCGGGGAGGUGUCGCUGCCGCGCUUGAUGACGACGACGCCGCCGCCCGAGCUCGUGGGCAGCACGCUCGGCGCGGGCGGCCUCGCCGAGGCGGUCGAGGCGCUCAAGGACCGGAGGCAGGUCGCGGCGCUGAGGCGAUUCCUCGAGGACGCCGCGCCGCCCGUGGUGGAGGUGAUGCUGCACCAGCGCGAUCGGCUGAUGGCACGCCGGCUGAGGCAGGCCUGUCCGCGGGGCGUGGCAGUGGCGGUGGUAGGCUUGGCGCACAUGGACGGCGUCGAGAGGGAGGUGCUGGCGCAAGAGGACCUAGCGGCGCUGCCGGAGAGGUAG